ACACACACACACACACACACACACACAUUAACUCUCUCUCUCUCUCUCAUACUCUCUCUCUCUCUCUCUCUCUCUCUCUCUCUCUCUCUCUCUCUCUCUCUCUCUUCUGAAGUAAGUAUGGAUGUGUUAACACAGCAGGAGGCCCAAAAGUACCGGGAUGAUGGCUACCUUGUGCUGGAAGGAUUCUUCAGCCCAGAGGAGUGUGAAGUGCUGCGUGAACGAAUGAGAGAAAUAGUGGAGAAUAUGGAUGUUCCAGCUCACUGCCGAACUCAGUUCUCCACUGAUCAUGACGAGCAGCUGAAGAUUCAGGGAAAUGCAGAUUACUUUAUCACAAGUGGGGACAAGGUCCGUUUUUUCUUCGAAAAAGGAGUCUUCAAUGAAAAUGAGUUUACUGUCCCGAAGGAACGCUCACUAAACAAAAUCGGACAUGCUCUCCAUGCCCAUGAGCCUGUAUUUAAAUCCAUCACACAUUCUCCUAAAGUCCAGAACCUGGCUAAAAAACUGGGUCUCAUUAGUCCUGUUGUUUUGCAGAGCAUGUAUAUUUUUAAGCAACCAGGCAUUGGUGGAGAAGUGACUCCGCAUCAGGAUGCGACCUUCCUGUAUACGGAGCCUCUGGGACAAGUGAUGGGAGUGUGGAUCGCUCUAGAAGACGCAACCCUCGAUAAUGGCUGUUUGUGGUUCAUACCAGGCUCACACAGGAAUGGAAUCACCAGACGGAUGGUACGAGCCCCAAAAGGCACAUUCCCUUUGACUGACUUUAUUGGUCGAGAACAAAUUUACAAUGACUGUCUAUUCUCACCAGCACCUGUCAAGAAAGGGGGUGUGGUUCUAAUCCAUGGUGAAGUGGUCCACCGAAGUGCCGCCAACACCUCAGACUCAUCACGUCACGUUUACACCUUCCACGUCAUGGAAUCUGAGAACACGUGCUGGAGCCCUGAGAACUGGCUACAGCCGACCGAGGAGCUUCCAUUCCCAUCGCUCUACACCUAAUGCUCCAAGCACCUGUUUUGUUCUAAUCCCCCAGUUAAUUAAAGUCUCUUUCAUUUGUUUUUGAGAAAAAAAAUAAAAUCAUCGAUUUUGGAACAUUUAACUCUAUGUACAGAAUUUAGCAUUUUAAUGUUUUUACUGGUUUAGGCUCUAUUUCUAUAUUUGCAUAAACAAACCAGAAUAUUCUUACACAUAUUUUAAUUAUUUUAUUAAUAUUGUCACU